AUGAGACUGAGGCUGAGAGUUACAGAGGAGAGAGAGCGGUCAGAGAUCAUGAGACUGAGGCUGAGAGUUACAGAGGAGAGAGAGCGGUCAGAGAUCAUGAGACUGAGGCUGAGAGUUACAGAGGAGAGAGAGCGGUCAGAGAUCAUGAGACUGAGGCUGAGAGUUACAGAGGAGAGAGAGCGGUCAGAGAUCAUGAGACUGAGGCUGAGAGUUACAGAGGAGAGAGAGCGGUCAGAGAUCAUGAGACUGAGGCUGAGAGUUACAGAGGAGAGAGAGCGGUCAGAGAUCAUGAGACUGAGGCUGAGAGUUACAGAGGAGAGAGAGCGGUCAGAGAUCAUGAGACUGAGGCUGAGAGUUACAGAGGAGAGAGAGUGGUCAGAGAUCAUGAGACUGAGGCUGAGAGUUACAGAGGAGAGAGAGCGGUCAGAGAUCAUUUGGCUGAGAGUUACAGAGGAGAGAGAGCGGUCAGAGAUCAUGAGACUGAGGCUGAGAGUUACAGAGGAGAGAGAGCGGUCAGAGAUCAUGAGACUGAGGCUGAGAGUUACAGAGGAGAGAGAGCGGUCAGAAAUCAUGAGGCUGAGGCUGAGAGUUACAGAGGAAAGAGAGCGGUCAGAGAUCAUGAGACUGAGGCUGAGAGUUACAGAGGAGAGAGAGUGGUCAGAGAUCAUGAGACUGAGAGCUACAGAGGAGAGAGAGCGGUCAGAGAUCAUGAGGCUGAGAGUUACAGAGGAGAGAGAGCGGUCAGAGAUCAUGAGACUGAGGCUGAGAGUUACAGAGGAGAGAGAGCGGUCAGAGAUCAUGAGACUGAGGCUGAGAGUUACAGAGGAGAGAGAGCGGUCAGAAAUCAUGAGGCUGAGGCUGAGAGUUACAGAGGAAAGAGAGCGGUCAGAGAUCAUGAGACUGAGGCUGAGAGUUACAGAGGAGAGAGAGUGGUCAGAGAUCAUGAGACUGAGAGCUACAGAGGAGAGAGAGCGGUCAGAGAUCAUGAGGCUGAGAGUUACAGAGGAGAGAGAGCGGUCAGAGAUCAUGAGACUGAGGCUGAGAGUUACAGAGGAGAGAGAGCGGUCAGAGAUCAUGAGACUGAGGCUGAGAGUUACAGAGGAGAGAGAGCGGUCAGAGAUCAUGAGACUGAGGCUGAGAGUUACAGAGGAGAGAGAGUGGUCAGAGAUCAUGAGACUGAGGCUAAGAGUUACAGAGGAGAGAGAGCGGUCAGAGAUCAUUUGGCUGAGAGUUACAGAGGAGAGAGAGCGGUCAGAGAUCAUGAGACUGAGGCUGAGAGUUACAGAGGGAGAGAGAGCGGUCAGAAAUCAUGAGGCUGAGGCUGAGAGUUACAGAGGAAAGAGAGCGGUCAGAGAUCAUGAGACUGAGGCUGAGAGUUACAGAGGAGAGAGAGUGGUCAGAGAUCAUGAGACUGAGAGCUACAGAGGAGAGAGAGCGGUCAGAGAUCAUGAGGCUGAGAGUUACAGAGGAGAGAGAGCGGUCAGAGAUCAUGAGACUGAGGCUGAGAGCUACAGAGGAGAGAGAGCGGUCGAAGAUGCUGCUGUCAUCACUGAAACAACAUGA